AUGGUGGUGUUAAAAGGUAUUCACCUUCCCAUAUCAGACAUGACUCUAGAGCAGGAGCUGCAGCGGCUUGAACAGCCAGACAAGACGUGUCAUUUCCUGGCUCACAACGGCUGGGAUGGCGACGAUCCACUGCGUAAUUUUGCAGAGCCAGGCUCUAACGUGUACCUUCGUCGAGAGCUGAUAUGCUGGGGUGACAGUGUUAAACUCCGCUAUGGCAAGGGGCCCGAGGACUGCCCCUACCUGUGGGCCCACAUGAGGAAAUACACAGAAAUCACAGCCAAAUAUUUCCAUGGAGUCAGACUGGACAACUGCCACUCUACACCAUUACAUGUAGCUGAGUUCAUGCUGGACGUGGCCAGAACACUUUGUCCUAACCUGUAUGUGGUGGCUGAACUGUUCACCGGCAGCGAGGAGAUGGAUAAUAUCUUCGCAACCAAGCUAGGGAUCACAUCGCUCAUACGAGAGGCCAUGUCAGCUGGCGACAGCCAUGAAGAAGGCAGAUUGGUCUACCGUUAUGGAGGCGAGCCAGUCGGAGCUUUUGUUCAGCCAAGUCUCCGUCCACUGAUGCCCUCCAUCGCCCAUGCCAUGUUCCUGGAUGUAACCCACGACAACGAGUGUCCCAUACAGCUGCGUUCAGCACUGGACUCCCUCCCCAGCUCUGCUAUAGUCUCUAUGGCCUGCUGUGCUACUGGAUCCACCAGAGGAUACGAUGAAUUAGUGCCUCAUCAGAUCUCUGUGGUGAAGGAGGAGCGUUUUUACCCCAAGUGGAACCCCUCAGCAGCCCCAACGUCCACUGCUGAGGUUGGAUUCCAGAGUGGCAUUGUAGCUGGGAAACUGGCACUCAACAAGCUGCACCAGGAACUGGCUGCCCAGGGAUUCAUACAGGUGUAUGUAGACCAAGUCGAUGCAGAUAUUGUUGCAGUUACUCGCCACUGUCCCAGCACACACCAGUCUGUGGUUUCAGUGUGCCGCACAGCCUUCUGGAACCCCAAAACCCAUCAGUACGGCACCAACGUCCCACCCAUGUUCAUACCUGGGAAGAUAGAGGAAGUGAUACUAGAGGCAAGGACAGUGGAAAGGAAUGCUGGGAGUUAUACGCAGGAUGACAAGUACAUCAACGGCAUGCCAGAAUACACUGUGGAAAUCAAAGAACAUAUACCAUUACAGGGGAGUACGUUGGUGAAGCAAGCUGGAGUGACGUCUAAAGGUCGAUCAGAGUUUGUGCAGGAAAUCACCUUUCAGAAGCUGACGCCUGGCAGUGUUAUCGCCUUCAGGGUUAGUUUAGACCCCAAGGCCCAGAGGUUGGUGGGGGUGCUGAGGUAUUAUUUGUCCCAGUUCAGCCCAAAGUACAGGAGAGGCAGUGUGGCAGAGGAGAACUCACCAGAUGCACUGCAGAACCCCCUGGCACAACUGAUGUCGACGCUGACGUUAGCGGACCUGAAUGUGCUGCUGUUCCGCUGCAACUCAGAAGAACAAGAAGACGGUGGUGGCUGUUACAGUAUCCCCGGGUGGGAGACUCUCAAAUAUGCUGGACUACAAGGUCUGAUGUCAGUGUUGGCCGACAUCCGUCCCAACAAUGACCUGGGCCAUCCUCUGUGUGCUAACCUCAGACAAGGGGACUGGCUGAUCGACUAUGUGUCCAAUAGACUGAUAAACAGAGAGGGACCACUGGCACAGGUGGGUCAGUGGUUGGCAGCCAUGUUUACCUACUUGAAACACAUCCCACGCUACCUCAUCCCCUGUUACUUUGACGCCAUCCUGGUGUCCACCUACACCACAGCCCUGGACGCAACUCUGAAGCUCAUGUCAAGUUUCAUCCAGAAUGGCUCCACCUUCGUUCGUCACCUGGCUCUGGGUUCAGUUCAGAUGUGCGGUGUCGGGCGCUUCCCUGCCCUCCCUCCACUUUCCACCAAUAUCGAGGGCGUUCCCUACCGCCUCAGCCCAAUCACAGGCCAGAAGGAGCAGUGCUGUGUGUCUCUGGCUGCAGGUCUUCCUCACUUCUCCUCUGGGAUUUUCCGUUGCUGGGGUCGAGAUACUUUCAUCGCUCUCAGAGGACUGAUGCUGCUCACUGGAAGAGACACUGAGGCUCGCAACAUCAUCCUGGCCUUUGCGGGGACCCUGCGUCAUGGUUUCAUCCCCAACCUACUGGGUGAGGGUCGGUGUGCUAGAUACAACUGUCGCGAUGCUGUGUGGUGGUGGCUGCAGUGCAUCCAGGACUACACUGCUCACGUUCAUAAUGGCCAUGAAAUCCUCCGCUGCCCUGUCACACGCAUGUACCCUACUGAUGACUGUGAACCCUGCACCCCUGGAGAGGUGGAGCAGCCUCUGUAUGAGGUGAUCCAGGAGGCUCUGCAGCGCCACCUGGAGGGUAUUUCCUUCAGAGAGAGAAAUGCUGGAUCCAAGAUAGACAUGAACAUGAGAGAUGAAGGGUUCAACGUGCUUGCUAAGGUGGAUCCAGCCACAGGCUUUGUGAGUGGAGGAAACCGCUUUAACUGCGGCACAUGGAUGGACAAAAUGGGAGAGAGUGAGAGAGCGAGGAACAAAGGCAUGCCUGCUACUCCAAGAGAUGGAGCAGCAGUGGAGAUCGUUGGUCUCAGUAAAUCAGCUGUUCGCUGGGUUGUGGGGCUCCAUGCCAAAGGACUGUUCCCUUAUGAUGGAGCUAAAGUACACCGAGAUGGUAAAGAAGUGUUCAUCUCGUACUCCCAGUGGAACCAGCAGCUCCAGCAGUCCUUUGAAGCUGCUUUCUGGGUGUCUGGGAUCCCAAAUGACCCCAACGAGAAACACCCUGAUCUGGUGCACAAAAAAGGCAUCUAUAAGGACAGCUAUGGAGCCUCCAGCUCCUGGUGUGACUACCAGCUGAGACCUAACUUCACUAUUGCCAUGGUGGUGGCUCCAGAGCUGUUUACAGCAGAGAGAGCCUGGAAGGCUCUGGAUGUGGCUGAGAACAAACUACUGGGACCACUAGGAAUGAAGACACUUGACCCAGAUGACAUGGUGUACUGUGGUGUCUAUGACAACGCUCUGGACAACGACAACUACAACCUGGCAAAAGGCUUCAACUACCACCAAGGGCCGGAGUGGCUGUGGCCCGUAGGAUACUUCCUGCGUGCUAAGCUCUACUUUGCGAAGAAGCUGGGACAGGAUACCUACAGCAAAACUGUGACUCUGGUGAAAAACGUUCUAUCACGACAUUAUACUCACCUGGAGAGGUCUCCAUGGAAGGGUCUGCCAGAGCUGACCAAUGAAAACGGCCAGUACUGCCCAUUCAGCUGUGAGACCCAGGCCUGGUCUCUGGCCACCGUGCUGGAGGUCCUCUAUGACCUCUGAGUGACAGAAUGGAUCACAGCAGCAACAAGUUUGUGAAAUGUUAAAGCAUUUGCAAACACUGUAACUGUUAACUUGUGUAGAUGUCUUUACCCUCAGACAUGAAUGUACGUUGAGGCAUUGAUUUAAAGCUGAUGUGGCUUCAGUUUAAUGUUCAUUAUCAUAUAAGUAUAAAUAUAUUAGAGAGCUUUUUUUUUCAUUUCCAUGUUCUGUCGUAGCUCAAAUGAACUCCCUCCGUUCAAAACAUUUAAUUAACUGCACGAAAAGAAAAGCAGACAGUUAUUUUUUGUUUUUUCAAACAUUACAGCAUUUAAAAAAAAACAUGCUAAAUAUUUUUUAAUAUUCUGAAUGAAAGUGAUCCCAGCCGUCUGGUGUUGACAUGUAUGUAAUAUCACAUCUCUCAUUACACACUAAAGCACUUUGAGCCUACAGCCAGAUGUCUGAAUCUAACUCAACUAAAAAAGGCAGAAAACACACAUUUUUUGCUUGCUGAGCGGGUGCUUUUAUUUUGAAAGAUGUCUUUUAUACUGAAAUAAAAAUCAAACAACCUGCCACUGUGUGCAUUUACACCUGGAAUUCUACCUCCCAACCUGUCCUCACAUAACCAUACAAGUGACCUGAACACCUUCUGAUGGCAUGCUGUAGCACCAGUGAUGUACAUAGUUUAACUCCACACGGUACCACACUGUCCACCUGAUGAUGCCUUUCCACAGACACAUGGUCUUCCAGCUGUGCCCAUGAUGUUAUGUAGUUAAAUAUUUCAUAUUAUUCAAGUGUGUAUUAAUGUUCUGUGCAUGAACGUUGUUUUGGUGUUCUGCAGAGGUUUCCUGAGUGUGUAAACAUGCUGUAGAUCUCUGCUCAUGUCUGAUAACCGUAGAAGUAACGUUACACACCAGCAAAAGUUGGCUUAGAAAAGUCACUGUGUGCACCUGAGCACUGGAGUCCUGUCGCUGUCGCUGCUGUUCACUGUUCCAUCACAGCAUCCAGUCUCUGCCUGGACUGUAUGUCUAUUUGUACCAUGUCAGAACACACUGUAGUGAAGCUGAGCUACUGUUACUUUACUGAUGCAACAAUGAAACCACUCACAAUAUUGAGCAGUAUUAAAGGAUGUGCUGGAGAAUUAGUGGUGUACCCCCUACACACACAUACACUGUGACAUGCAUAUGUGUAGCUGCCAUUUAAUCAGUGUGUCAGUAAUGGUGUGUAUUCUGAGUGUAGUGUUACAGUUGUUGUUGAGUAUAAAUAAACUGUUAAAUGAGUCGA